AGCGGGGACCUGGUCCAGCCGGGCAUCAGCUUCCCAGGGCCGGCGGAGGAGGAUCUAGACCAGCAGUACUCCUGGUCACCCACCCAGCCCUUCGAUGGAGAAAGGUUCUCCCCGGCUGCGAGGAACAUGAAAGGGUUAUCCGGGAGCCGCAACCCACCACAGCUGUGUUCCGGGCACACCUGCGGCCUAGCGCCCCCCGGCGACUGUGAGCACAUCCACCAUGGACAGGACACGCCGCAGCCCUACCUGCUCAGCCCCCUGGACAGCUGCGCCAUGGACCACCACCGCUGCUCGCCCCGCAGCUCCGUGCACUCCGAGUGCGUGAUGGUGCCGGUGGGGCUGGGCGACCACGUGUCCAGCAGCACCUUCCCCCGCAUGCACCACAGCUCCCACUGCGACGCCAGGGACGACUGCACCAUGUCCCACGCCAGCACCAAGGUCCACCGCAUCCCCGCCAACCUCCUGGACCAGUUUGAGAAGCAGCUGCCCCUGCACAGGGACGGGUUCCACACCCUGCAAUACCAGAGGACGUCCGCCGCCGAGCAGCGCGGCGAGAGCCCGGGGCGGAUCCGGCACCUCGUGCACUCCGUCCAGAAGCUGUUCACCAAGUCCCACUCUCUCGAGGGCUCCUCCAAGGGCAACGUCAACGGGACCAAGGCCGACGGCCGGGCGGAGGACCACCACGGCCACCACCCCAAGCACAGCAAGCGGAGCAAGAGCCGGGAGCGGAAGCCGGAGGCCAAGCACAAACUGGGCCUGAGCGGCUGGUGGAGCUCGGACGACAACCUGGACAGCGACAGCACCUACCGGGCCUCCAGCGUGGUCAACAGGCACCUCGUGGACCACGUGUCCCACUGCUACCCCGAGCUGCUGCCCGGCCCCUUCGGGGACCUCUCCCUGAAGACUUCCAAAAGCAACAACGACGUCAAGUGCUCGGCCUGUGAGGGCCUGGCCAUGACCCCCGACACCAAGUACAUGAAGCGGAGCUCCUGGUCCACGCUGACCGUGAGCCAGGCCAAGGAGGCUUAUCGCAAGAGCUCCCUGAACUUGGACAAGCCCCUGGUGCCCCCGGAGAUCAAGCCGUCCUUGAGGCCUUGCCAUUACCUCCAGGUGCCUCAGGACCAGUGGGCAGGGUACCCGCCCGGGGGCAAGGAGGACGAGAUCCCCUGCAGGAGGAUGAGGAGCGGCAGCUACAUCAAAGCCAUGGGCGACGAGGACAGCGGGGAGUCCGACUGCAGCCCCAAGACCUCCCCCACCGCCACGCGGCCGGAGCCCUUGCUUAAGUCCCUGAGCCAGAGGCCACUGGGCGGGCUGCAAACCCAGAGCUACCUGCAGGCGGCCAGCGACGGGCCUGCCGGCCACAGCCUGGACCCCUCCGCCAACUACGGCUCCCCGAAGUUCCGCUCCCGGAACCAGAGCUACAUGAGAGCCGUCAGCAUGCUGAGCCAGGCCAGCUGUGUGAGCCAGAUGAGCGAAGCGGAGCUCAACGGGCAGUUCGAGUCGGUGUGCGAGUCCGUCUUCAGCGAAGUCGAAUCUCAGGCCAUGGAGGCCCUGGACCUCCCCGGGUGCUUCCGGACGCGGAGUCACAGCUACCUGCGUGCCAUCCAGGCUGGCUACUCCCAGGACGACGAAUGUGUUCCCGCGCUCACCCCCUCCAACGCCGCCUCGACCAUCAGAUCCACAGCAGCUGUUUCGUAUGCAAACUACAAAAAGACGCCGCCCCCCGUGCCCCCGCGGACCACCUCCAAGCCUCUGAUCUCGGUGACGGCGCAGAGCAGCACCGAGUCCACGCAGGACGCCUACCAGGACAGCCGUGCCCAGAGGAUGUCCCCGUGGCCCCAGGACGGCCGGGGCCUGUACAACUCCACGGACAGUCUGGACAGCAACAAGGCCAUGAACCUGGCCCUGGAGACGGCGGCCGCCCAGCGCCACGCCUCAGACGGCCAGAGCGGCUUGGGGCGGACGAGCGAGCAGGCCAUCCUGGUGUCCAAGGCCGAGGAGUUCCUCCGGAGCCGGCGCCCCUCCAUCGGGAUCCAGGACUCUGACUUCCCCGAGCAUCAGCCAUGCCCAAGGUCAGAUGUGGAAACCGCCACGGACUCCGACACAGAGAGCCGCGGGCUGCGCGAGUACCACUCGGUCGGCGUGCAGGUGGAAGACGAGAAACGACACGGGCGAUUCAAGCGUUCCAACAGCGUGACGGCCGCGGUGCAGGCCGACCUGGAGCUGGAGGGCUUCCCCGGACGCGUGGCCACGGAGGACAAGGGGCUGCAGUUCGGCGCGUCCUUCCAGCGGCACUCGGAGCCCAGCACCCCCACGCAGUACGGGGCGGUGAGGACCGUGCGGACCCAGGGCCUCUUCAGCUACCGCGAGGACUACCGGGCGCCCGUGGACGCGGAGAGCCUGCCCCCGCCCGAGCCCUGGCUGGAGCCGGCCGUGGACGCGGCCGAGAGUGGGAGGGUGUCGCCCUGCCGCAGGGACGGGGCCUGGUUCCUGAGGCCGCUGCACACGGAGACGCAGCGGAUGGAGGGCUGGUGCAAAGAGAUGGAGAGGGAGGCGGAGGACAACGACCUCGCCGAGGAAAUUCUCGGUAAGAUCAGGAGCGCCGUUGGCAGUGCCCAGCUUCUGAUGUCGCAGAAAUUCCAGCAGUUCUACUGGCUUUGCCAACAGAACAUGGACCCCAGCGCCAUGCCCAGACCCACCUCCCAGGACCUGGCGGGCUACUGGGACAUGCUGCAGCUGUCCGUCGAGGACGUCAGCAUGAAGUUCGACGAGCUGCACCAGCUGAAGCUGAACAACUGGAAGAUAACAGAGUCUCCGGACAAAAAGGAAGAACGAAAGGUCCCCCCUCCAAUACCAAAGAAGCCCCCCAAAGGGAAAUUUCCGAUCACGAGAGAAAAGUCCCUGGACCUGCCGGACAGGCAGCGGCAAGAGGCCCGGAGACGCCUGCUGGCGGCCAAGCGGGCGGCGUCCUUCCGCCAGAACUCGGCCAGCGAGCGCGCGGACAGCAUCGAGAUCUACAUCCCCGAGGCCCAGACCCGGCUCUAG